AUGCAACAAUUUCCUGGGCCAGCCGGCGGCGCCGGCGGUAACGGCGCAUCGCUGCUGCAUAGCGCGCUCUACGGGGCUCGAUCUGGGUCAGGCAGCAUGCAUUCGGGAACAGCGCUCUACCGCAACUUCAAUGCGGCACCGCGCGACAAGGGCAUCCUGGCUGCAGCUGUCAGCGACGCCUUUAUGUCGCCGGAGGACGAGCCAGUUUCCAUCGCGGCGGCGGUUGACCCCAUGGCCAUCGACGCGGCUCGCUACAACGCGGCCGCGGCGGCGCUCAUCGGCGACAAGGCUGGCGGCAGUAGGGCGGAUGGCACUCACCGCCUUAAUCUGGGCGUGGUGAACCUGGCGGCGGCGGCGGCAGCUGCGGGUCCUGAUGGAUCGACGCAGGCGGCUCUUGCUCACCUGCAGCAGCACCAGCAGCAGCAGCAGCCCGCGUCCAAGGCUGCGCUGUACGGAAAUUACCAGGCACGCGCUCCGCUUGCUCCAAGCAAUGGACUCGCUACGUCGCUGUACGGCAAUAGCCGAGCCGCCCCGGCAGCCGCCGCCGCCGCCUCCACCGGGGGUGACGCCGCCGGCGUGCAGGGCCUACAUCGCUACAACGCGGCCCAGCUGCACCAGCUGAGCGUCGUACGGCAGAUUCAGCUGCGACAGCAGGCUGCGACCGCUGCAAAGCAGCAGCAGCAACAACAAGUUCACAGCCAGUCCAUGGCUCAGACAAAGGCAGAGCAGCAGGCUCAAGUGCUGGCUGCGGCAGCGGAGGUAGCCCAGCAGGUCGCCGCACGCAACGCCGCCGCCGCUGCGGAGCAGCAACGUCAGACCCAGCAGCUCCAGGCGCGCUCAGCCGCUGAGAAGCGCCUCUUAGCCUCUGCGGCGCCUGGGGAUGCCUCGGUAAACGCCGCCGCCGCCGCCGCCGCCGCUAGCGAGUCCGCCGCCGCGGCAGCAGCCAAUCACUCUACCCUGUACAAGCGUGCCUCUAUGGCGACGGAUGCCACGCCUACCAUUCUGUACAAGCGGCCCGCGCUUGGUGGUGGCGCCGCUGUCGCCGCGGCUACCGCGCCACCAGCCCAGACGGACUCCACGGCUACCGCUCAGGCAGCGGCGGCCGCACGAGCGCCGGUAUCUGCCCUGUACGGUGCUUACUGUGCCGAUCGCCAAGCCGCGUCCGCCGCCGCGUCAGCUGUAGCUAGCGAGAUGCUGCAGCGGCUGGGCCACAGCGCUGCUGCCGCGGUGGCAGUGCCGCCAAGCCGGGCGGCACAUGAAGCCGCAGCCCAGUCCGCCCAAUCGUCCCAGUCGGUGCAGCUCAUGGCGGUCAGCCCGGCACACGAGGAGGACAGCCGUACACCCGGCGACUCGUCCCAUUGCUCCGAGACCGCCUUCCUCGACUGUCACGAGGAUCUGAGCGACGACACCGGCAUGUCCGACGGCUUCGGCACAGACGUCAGCGGCGGCAGCAGCGCCAAGAUGUUUUCCGGAGCCAAACGCUACAUCCACAUGACGGCCGCCGCCGCCGCCACCAAGACUGUCACGCGGCCGUACGGCCUGGCGUACUUCCCGACCGUUUACUCGGACGUGUCGUCACCGCACGCGCUGGCCUUGGCGAACGACGUGAUGACCCGCAUCCGUCUGCCUGGCGGUAUCCGCUUCAUGCCCGUAAGCAGCGAUUCGAUGCUGUACUACAACGGAGUGCAUUGGGGCUUCUCCGCCUUUGCCCUUGCGCUGGGUUCCUCCUAUUUCCAACGCCUGGUGGAGAUCACUCCCACGCUGAACGCGGCAGUUCGCCACGCGCCGCCAUUCGCCGCGUACGCUGCCUACAUGCGAGACGGCGGCGGUGUCGCCCAGACCAAGCAGCAGCAGCAACAGGAAGAAUAUCUCCAUAAGGACGGCCUGCGCUCCAUCCUGUUCACAUGCGCCUACCUGGCCACCAAGGUGGUGGAUCGCAUGCCGCAUACCGACAUGCUGCGCCGCAUGCUCAGCAUGCUGUACAACGUGCCGGUGUCCCGCGAGGAGGCGCACUCGGUGGAGCUUAAGUGUCUGGAGGGGCUAGGCUACCGGUUGGGGCCGUACUUCGUACACAACAUGCUGGAUGACGAGCCCCCUUGCUGUGACGUGUACUGA